GGCUUCUCAUUGCUAACCUGUUCCUCUGACCAGGAAAACGUGGCUGACCACAGGGCCAUCACUGACAAUGGAAGGAGGAACUCAACAGGUCGGGCAAACCCUUCCACAGACAUAGUGCUUACCACAGGAUUUCCCUUGCUAUCUGCCCAUCUGCCUCCCAAGCGAUGCUGAUCCUAUCCUGUUCCUCCAAGUUGCAGCUGCUGGAGGGGAUACUGCGGAAGAACCUUCCCCGGACCCUUCCGGUCCAUGGGGCAGUAAUGAACAUAAACCGUGGGAAUCCAGCUGGUCAUGAGGUGAUUGUGGAUUCCUGGCCAGAGUUCAAAGCUGUCCUGACCCGGCCUCGCAGAGAGGUUGCCUCAGAUGACUUGAAUAUGCACGUCAACAUAUAUGCAGCCUUUUAUCGGGAUUUUGAUGUGUACCGGACACUGUUGCAGGACACAGAUGCUGUCAACUGGGCCCAAAACCUCUAUAUUUUUGGUAACCAGGACGGGAUAUUGGAAGCCUCCCGAGAGGCCGCUGCUGUCAAGCAAGUGCAGUUUUCAGCAGACUCCUGCAUCACCUGCUGCAUGUAUCACGAUCCAAACAAAUACCCUGAAUAUCGGCUGGAUCCUGGCUUCACACUCUCCUCCUUGAAUAGCUCCCAUGUUGAUCUACUGAAUGAAACGUGGCACUAUGGGGGCAAUGAACAAAGCCACAGGUACCUGGCCAGCCUGGUGAGACACUUUCCCAACGCCUGCAUCCUGGAUGUCAACGGUCUCCCCAUCAGCUGGAACCUGAUGGAUCCUUUUGGUGCAAUGGUACAUGGCUACACCCUUCCAUCCUACCGUCGCAAGGGCUACUUAACUGUGGUGACAAAAGAACUAGCCAUUCAAGCCCAUGCAGCUAGCUACCCUGUGUAUGGCCAUGUGGCCCUGGAUAAUAACCGCAUGCAGAAUGUGCUUGAAAAAAUGCGCUAUCAGAGACUACCUGAGUUGUGUCAUUUCUGCUUGCACUUUGUAAAAGAAGAGAAUAUCAAGGAUUUUCCAUGGGCCUCCAAGCAGGCACCCAUAUGAUAUCGGCCUCUCAGAGACUCCAGGGAUAGGCUGCCAACCAACCUCCAUGAAACAAAGGGAGAGAAAGGGAGACCUGUGCUGACAGCUCUUCACCCUUUCUUUCUAUGAACAAUUAUCCUUCCUAGUGAUUCUCCUUUCUUUUCCUCUUUGUUGUGUCUUGACUUUACCUUUAGAUUGUGAACCUGAAGGCAGAGGCUGAUGUCCAGAGUACGUUACACUUGAGUAGCCCUAUUGAAAUU